AUUGAAAUUGGUUAGAGCAGGUUAGAAUAGAAAUUGACACAUGUUGCACAUGUAUUGCAUAAAAAAAACAUUGAUUGUAUUUUAAAAAAUGGGGAGAAAAAGGUAUAAUUGGAAGUCUAGAGCUGUUGCAAAUGUAGAGAUCGAUAAUUCUACCACCAAGAAGAUUGCAGUGGAUAUCGAACAUCAUGCAGAUAAUUAUGAUAAUUGUAAUGCUCUUGUUUUACCCACUAAAAAGAGAAAAACAAAGAAGAUAGAUAAAAAAGUAACAACUCGGGUACUAUCAAAAAAAUGCAGAAAACAAUUGGAGAAAGUAAUAGAGCAAAAGAAGAAAAAGUUAAAGAGAGCGACAUUGUUAGAAAAUUUGGCAAAAGUGCAAGUGUCUCCAGCUGAAUUGCAACAAUAUGUGAGUUUAACAUCUUUGCAAAAUAAAGGUUUGAAGCGUCAUUUUCGAGAACUAGAGACACCAAUCUCAAAAUUGAAAUGCAAGACAAGUGAAGAAGAAGAAAGCAAUGCAACAGAAGCUGGUGUAAAUUCCAUUAAAGGGAGUAAAAAGAAGAGAUUAGCUAUUUUGGAUAAUAAAAAACAAGACAAAGAUACAUCUAAUCAAAAUGUGGUUGGAUUUGAAUCUAGUGACAGUAACAGUGAAUGUGAUAUUGAAAGUGACAAUGAAGCACCAGAUGUUAUCAAUAGUAUUGUUACUCCUGACAUUAUGACAAGUGAAAUGAGUGAUGAGAAAGAUCUUCCUAAAAAUGUAGAUGAGAGAACAAUUCCGACUAAGUCACAGGGAUUUGAUAAACCAGAAGAAAGAGUACAACAGCAAAAUAAUAAUCCUAACAUUCGCACACCUUCUGUAUUUGUACCUCUUAAUAGAAAGCAGGAAAUACAGUCAGUUAGAUUAAAACUACCCGUUGUUGCGGAAGAACAAAUUAUAGUUGAAACAAUAAAUGAAAAUCCAGUAGUUAUAAUUACUGGAGAGACAGGAAGUGGAAAGACAACACAAGUGCCUCAAUUUUUAUACGAAGCUGGAUACGCUCAAAAUAAGUUAAUUGGGAUAACCGAACCAAGACGAGUGGCAGCAAUGUCAAUGAGUAAGCGCGUGGCUGAAGAAAUGAAUCUUACUCAAAAACAGGUUUCAUAUUUGAUUCGUUUUGAGGGAAAUGUCACAGAGGAAACAAAGAUCAAAUUCAUGACCGAUGGUGUUUUGUUGAAAGAAAUUCAAAGUGAUUUUCUAUUGACAAAGUAUUCUGUAAUUAUACUGGAUGAGGCACACGAACGCAGCGUGUACACUGAUAUCCUGAUAGGUCUAUUGUCGAGAAUUGUUCCUCUUCGUAAUAAACGCAAUGAUCCUUUAAAACUAAUAAUUAUGUCGGCCACAUUGCGUGUGGAAGAAUUCGUAGAAAAUGUGAGGCUGUUUAAGGUGAAACCGCCAGUAAUCACGAUUCAAACACGACAAUUUCCCGUAACGAUACACUUCAAUAGACGUACAAGCGAGGAUUAUGUCAAUGAAGCAUUGCGCAAAGCGAUAAAGAUACAUACUCGUCUACCAGAAGGCGGUAUAUUAAUAUUUUUAACAGGUCAACAGGAAGUGCACACGAUUGUACGUAAAUUGCGCAAAGCAUUUCCACUGAGAAAGAAUAAACUUUUUCGACAACAAGUUAAGUCCAUCAACUUGGAAAAAAGCAAGUCACCCUCGAAAGAAGUAACAAACGAGACGCAAAGUGAAGAGGAUGAUACCGAUGAUGACUUCGAUGCCGAGGAAGCGUUACGCCGCAACAAGCAGAGGCAAAAGAAACGGAUUGUACUUCCGAAUAUCAAUCUGGACGAUUAUUCAGUAAUUCCCACUGACGAUACGCAUGAAGAUUUAAUCGAUGCACAGGAUGACGAAGACGAGGAUGAGGACGAAGACAUGAUCGAUUUCAAGGGAUUGACGAACUCUCAGCCGUUAUGGGUUCUGCCCCUCUACUCUUUUUUGCCUAGUCAUAAACAAGCCAGAGUAUUUGAAGCGCCGCCGGAAGGAUGUCGCUUGUGUGUGGUGUCUACCAAUGUUGCGGAAACUUCACUAACGAUUCCCAACGUUAGAUACGUGAUAGAUAGUGGUCGUUGUAAGACUAGAAUGUACGAUAAAGUAACUGGUGUGAGCACAUAUCAUAUUUGCUACACAAAUAAAGCAGCGGCCAGUCAACGCGCCGGCAGAGCGGGCAGGACACAACCUGGUCAUUGCUACAGAUUAUUCUCAUCAGCUAUGUAUAAUAAUCAGUUCGAGGAAUACGGCCAAUCAGAGAUACAACGGAAACCAGUGGAUGAUUUACUACUGCAAAUGAAGGCAAUGCAUAUAGACAAGGUCGUGAAUUUCCCGUUUCCUACGCCGCCGGACAUUGUGCAACUGAAAUCCGCGGAAAAACGCCUUAUGUUACUCGGAGCGUUGCAGCAACCACCGAAGAAACAGGAAGAAACGUAUUGCGCGAAAGUAACGCCUCUUGGGCAUAGUAUCGCCGCGUUUCCGGUUGCUCCACGUUACGGCAAAAUGCUGGCAUUGUCGCAUCAGCAUAACUUGUUGAAAUACACAAUAUGCAUGGUGGCGGCUCUCAGCGUUCAAGAAGUGUUAAUAGAAGCGCUUAGCAUGGAGGGUUCGGCUAAGAACAAAUGGCUGCAAAUACGUCGUCAUUGGGCUGGUACUGGCAAUAGUUUGCUUCUUGGUGAUCCGAUGGUUCUGAUAAAAGCCAUUGCAGCUGCUGAAUAUGCGGGAUCUGAAGGAAAGUUGUUGUCUUUCUGCGAAGAAAAUGGCUUGAGACAUAAAGCUGUAGUCGAGAUAAAGAAACUUAGACAACAGCUAACAAAUGAAAUUAAUUUAAAUAUACCGGACCUAAAUUUGUCUAUUGACCCAAAAAUGACGCUACCAACUAAUACAGAAGCGAAAUUAUUGCGUCAAAUAGUUCUCGCGGGUAUGGUAGAUCAAGUGGCAAAGAAAGUUUCACUUGACGAGGUGAAGGAGGAUCAGGACAAGGCAAAGUGGAAGUAUGCUUACAGGACGCCAGAAAUGGAAGAACCUGUGUUCAUGCAUUCUUCGUGUGCCCUACGGAAAGUUAGUCCUGAAUGGGUGGUUUAUCAAGAGGUGUAUGAAACAAAUAAGAUGUACAUGCGCGGUAUCACAGCGAUAGAACCUGAAUGGUUGCCGAAAUUUGCACCUGCGUUAUGUCACCUUAGCGAACCAUUGGCUGAUCCGCCACCAAGAUAUAAUUCUGAAACCGGAAAAAUCAUCUGUCGCGUGUCUGGCACAUUUGGAAGAGCCGGAUGGGAACUACCGCCAAUAAACAUAGAACAUCCAUUGACGGUGGAUGGUGUUAGAUUAUUUGCCUAUUUUUUCUUGGAGGGUCAAGUGUGUCCUAAGUUGAAACGAUUCGUGCCAUCGUUACUGACGACACCUGGCAGCAUCACUAAAUCAUGGGCCAAAUUAAUACCACGUACACAAGCGAUGACACAAAUGCUAUUAUCGCAUGGAAUUAUGUCCAAAGAUAAACUACUGGAUACUUGGAGUUUGGACAAGAAAUUUUUACUAUCAGCUUAUCAGAAGUGGCUGCCGGAAUCUGCGCAUACGGAAGUAGCACUUUUAUGGCCACCUUUGUAAAGAAGAAUGUAAUAUUUGAUGUAUGAUGUAUAUACAUAUAUCUGACGAUAA